UCUAAAUUGCCAUUAAAUAAUGACAUAAAGCCUCUGUUUUUUAGCAAUCUGUUAAAUAACAUGAAUCAUAAGCAAGCGCAAUUGAUCAGAAUAACGACUUCAAACUUGCAUGAUAUGACUUUAGAGAAUGCCAUGUUUAUAGUCUAUCCAGGAAAAAGGAACAUUGAACAAACGUCUGUAAAUCCGCAAUUGCCGCAUCAUAGCCAAAGGAAGAAGUCAGAAAUAAUAUGCUUCAUUGCGAAGGAGGGGCCAUUACAAACGAGAGUGCAGACAGUUGCGCAAGCCGAUUUCUGGUGAGACGCACACACAACAGCACACACCACAGAGGAAACAUGAGAACACGGGUGCUCCACUAAAUCUUUUAGGUCAUGAUAUGAUGCAUAAAUUGGGCAUGGAUAUUAAGUUUACUGAUCACACAGUUGUUUUUUCUUUUCUGUAUAGUUUACAGGCAUCCGUCGAUCCUCUGCCUACAAGUGGAAUGAUAAGCGGCUCAAGGGUAUCUGCCUCCGGUGGCAGCAUGUCUACACGGGUAGACUCCAUGAUUAACCCUUUGUUAUGGUCUCGGUUCAGGGAUGACACUGGUUUCAUUGACAUGGAACCUUAUAGGGCUAAACUUAAAACAAACAAACCUGUCUACAUUAAACAAUACCAUUUGUCUAAAGAUAAGGAACAAGCAUUCAACAUUUGAUUGAAAAUUUUGUCAAGCAGGGUGUCCUCGAACAAACACAUUCACCAUAUAACACACCAAUUAAUCCUGUUAUGAAAGCUGAUGGGAAAACUUGGAGAUUAACUCAAGAUUUAAGAGCAGUUAAUCAGUUGAUCAUACCACUCGCACCAAUUGCGCCGGAUGUUUUGACUGUUAUGAAUUGAGUACAAAAUUUGCACAGUUUGCAGAUGACAUCCUCGUGUCGGGGGAGACGGAAGAGGACUGUGAAAAAGCAUCUAUAAUUGUUUGCAAUGUACUUGCCGAAACAGGUUUUAAAGCCUCGUAAGAGAAACUGCAAUGGGUUCAAUCUAAGGUAACCUAUUUGGGACAUGUGCUGAUGCAGUGUCUCACAGCAAUAUCCACAGAUCGGGUCCAGCUGAUCAGAAAGGUUAAGUCCCCACAAACAGUGCAGCAGCUACAAAGCUUUCUGGGACUAAUUAACUAUUGUAGACAGUGGAUACCUGACUGCGCAAUUCACGAUAGGCACCUGAGGGGUCUGAUAGAUCACAAAGCUCCGCCAAACACAGCAUUGGCGUGGACUGCGGAAGCUGAUGAACAUUUCAAUGCCUUGAAAGCAGCCAUCACAACCGCACCAUCAUUGGGCCUGCCGGACUACACAAAACCUUUUCACUUGCAUGUUAGGGAGACAUUGGGUGAAGCACUAGGGGUCCUAGUGCAAUUUCAUGGCUCAACAUAUAGGCCAGUUGCAUAUCUGUCUAAGAAGUUAGAUAACAUAGUCACAGGUAUGCCAGCAUGUCUUCGUGCUGUGGCUGCAGCUGCUCUGAUUGUACAGAUGGCUGAGAAAACUGUGCUGUCACACCCUUUAAUAUUAUAUGCAUCCCAUCAGGUAGGUGUAAUUUUACACAACAUGCAAACACAACACAUGACAGCACAACGACGCUCAGGUUACGAGGCUACUCUGUUGGCAACGAAAAAUCUUAGCAUUCAAACAACAGCAAACAUUAAUCCUGCUUUGCUGGGUAUUUUGGGUAUAGUAGACAUGGCAGAUUUUAAUGUUGAACAUGAUUGCAUCUUUGAACUGACCCCCUCUUACUCUUCUAGGUUCGAUCUGUUGGAUACGCCCCUAGAGGGGGGAGAACAUAUUUAUGUUGAUGGGUCUUUCUCAAAGCCAUCUGACGGUGUCUACCUCUGUGGCUAUGCUGUGAUUUCCGAUUCAGGAGAGGUAAAAGAAGCUUUUGCUCUAGAUUACAAUUCGGCUCAAGCUGCAGAGUUGAUAGCAUUAAUACGGGCCUGUGAGCUGAUGACAGGAAAGAGAGUAACAAUUUUCACAGACUCCAAAUAUUGCAUGGAGUGUUCUUCACCAUUAUGCCAGAAUGUGGGAAGCGAGAAAUUUUAAAUCUGCUGAUGGAAAGCCAAUAGCACAUGCAAAUCUGAUAGGACAGUUAACUGAAGCAGUUCAGGUUCCACUCGAAGUGGCCAUAGUAAAGGUCAAGGGUCACGCUUCGCGGGAGGAUGAACAGGCUAUAGGCAACAGAAGGGCUGAUGAUGCCUCAAAGGCAGCAGCCCAAGCUCAGAUUAAAUCACCAUUUCAUCCAAAAAAUUAAACACAGGUAGCAAUGACAGUGCACAUAACGAAUGUAUCUGACAUUGAUAUCAAAUUCCUGCAAAGUCAAACAACACAAGGAGACUUAGAGCAUUGGAGAAAAAAUUUUGAGAUGAGCAGGGUAGAAUAGCACUACCGAAAUUAGGGUUAAUCAUCCUAAUUAGACAUUACCAUGGCUUAUCUCACACCAGUUGUGCAAAAGUAGUACAAGGAAUUAAUCAAUUGUAUUGUAUAGCCAAUGUUCAUAGAACAGCAAAGCUUGUUUUGGAUGCAUGCUUAACAUGUGCUCAGGUAAAUAUUAUUUAUAAGAAUAUAAUAUAUAGAAUAUUAUUUAGACAAGGGGACGUUUACAUUCUUACAGUUAUCUUAGAAUGUGUGUAGAUGAAUUCUUAUUACCAUCUGUAGGACUGUGAUGAAAGUGAAAUUAGUGAAAUUAGGACAGUGGUUAUUAAAAGCACCCGGAAUAGUGACAUCAUGUACCCGGGAAGUUGAGGGCUGUAGUCCGAUCUAGCCGUUCUCUGUAGUCCUCGAAAAGGGAAUUCAUUUACGCACUAACUAGGUUGGAAAAUGCAAUCGCGGGGAACGUAAUCUUUAAUGUUUAAAUGCCCAGGCAGUCAGUUUUCUUUUGUUGAAUGUGCUCCCGUUUUCUGCCGGUCGCUGCACAGAUAGACCGAGAGAAAGAACAGCUGCAUUGGCAAGAUAAAACAUCAUGCUCACGGGGCAUGACCGGUGUUCGAAUUGUCCUACCCAGUUAGAUUUUCGUACCGCAGGGCAAAAUUUAUUAUAAUCUAAACCACAUCGACAAAAUAAACGGACAGGAUGAUUUUAAAAUGCAAAAUACCCUGUCAAAUAGUCCUACCAUCUUAAAAUCAACACAUAAAAUAAAUGUGAAGCAUGAAUACCCUGUCAGAUUAUCCUACCAGCAUAAAAGAAACAUGUAGAAUUCAUUUACUGAGCACACCCAAUCAAAUUGUACAAUGGGUAUUGUAGAAUAAUAUGUAGAAUAAUUUAACAACGAAAAUACACUAUCAUAUUCGCGAGGUAUAAAAUAAACAACAUGAUUUUAUAGGGCAAAAAAUGACGUAACAUUGAUUUUCGCAUGCCUGGUAAUCUGACGGGUUGAAUGAAAUUUCAGGACACAUACAACAUUACCUGAUUAAAGACAUCACGGCAACACUGGUUUGUGCGCGGGGCGCUCCUGUGUGUGCGCACUUGGCGGGUCUGGGUCGAAUUCUCUCCCGGUCCGUAUCCGAAGAUUGUUCAUCUGCACAACGUUGCAUGAAUUCAAACACACUCGAUAUUAUCGGAUAUCGGAAUGAUUUUAAAGUCGAUGAUCGAUUUUUUUAACACAUCGCCCAGCCCUAGUUUGUACUCAUAUUUUUUUAUAAUUUUGCAAUAAAAGUUAAAUUCAUAUUUGUGUUAAUUUUUUUCAGCCAAGAAAUGUAUGCCCCAGUUUAUUGGUAUGGCAACAUUUCUAUUCAUUUAGCUUAAGUUUUUUUCACAUUUAUUUAAAUUCAAUUAACAAACCUUCAAAUAGUUUAAGUAAACUUAAGUUAUGUUCUUGCUGUUAUUUUUUAUACUACACAUCACUUUGGUCAACAUGGUUGAAUUUGUUUUAUCACCUUUGCCUAACACACCUCAAAGAUUUGCAUGAAUUGGUGAAGAAGACAAGUCUAGGGUGGAACUUUCAGAGAAACUGAAGCCUAAAAAAACAUUAAACAUUAAACACCGAGAACAUGGUUUUGACAAUAAUGACCUGCUUACAUCUGUUUAUCUGGAUGAUUUUAGGUUUUUUCACUCUCUAUCACUAGAUGUUUCCUAAAAUUGGACUAAUAAGCAGACAUAUAACACAUAAACACACUGAUCAUGUUGAUUCUUGUGAACCUGUGUGUACUGUAAUUUUAUGUUUUCUUCAUUUGAUCUCAUUGUGGUUUUUGUGGAUAGGGGCAUGUCACGCUACCUGUUCAUUUCAAUUCUCUAAUUGGGGAGAUGUUUCGAUGCAUGUUUUCUGUUGAGUUCACAGACCUUCAGGGUCUUUUUCUUGCACUUUUAAAUUUGUAGGAUUCCUGUGCAGUAGUUAAUAGUGAAUAUAGAAGAGUUACUGCUGGUUUACUGCACAGGGACCACCAAUAAUUAUUUAAUGUAAUGUUUGACUGAGGACUUUGACCGAGGAAGUCUCUCACAAAUGUUCUUUCCCAGAAAACGAAACCUAAGUACUGAUAACCCCUGAGGACCUUCAUCUUACUAACAAUUUUCUGUUACUUAUAAUCCUUUGUUUGGCUCAUGCUCAAAUAUUUACCUUAGUAACUUUAUUUUUUUUAUAUUUUAAGUAGAACAGUUUUUUUGAGCAAAUAAAAAUGCAUUUUGCAAAGUGAACACAAUACAACCGCACGAGUAUACAUUCAUUAAAAGGUCAAUACAAAUGUAUUCAAUUUGUAUUUUCAUUUACAAAUGUCCUGUGUUGUGUAAGUGAGGGGAAAAAAGCCUUAUUUCGGUUUCCUUAUUUCCGGAGUUUGUAUUUCCCGGAUGGAGUUGUGAAAAUGUUUUUGUUUGUGAACAUCAUUGAUUUUGAAGUAUUGUUUCUGACGGUGACGGACCGGUGCCAACUAUAAAAGUGAAAAGUAUUUUUGUUAGCAAUUGGCGUCUCAGUGCUUGUAAUGUAAACAACAGGAUCAUUUGGACCGGUGCCACGAUAGCAGUUAGCCAUUUCAGAGUUUUAAAAUAGAAAGGGUUACAUUCUAUGAUAUGGAAAUGUAUAUGAAAUUAUGGCUUUUUAAAUAUACUGUAUACUGUACACUAUUUUGUUCUUGUAUUCCCCCUUGUAAUGAUAGUCAUUACGGUAAUCAUUGCAUGUUAUGUACUGCCCCGUUUAAGACGUGGACUACGGUAGUAGUACAGGGGUUCACCUGUAAUGCCAUUGCAUGAGAGA